AUGUCUGUCCCGCACGUCGGCCACGUUCUGAUUAUCGGCGCCGGCCUUGGCGGCCUCGCGCUGGCCCAGGGCCUGAAGCGUCACGGCGUCAGCUUCAGCGUCUUCGAGCGCGACCCCUCCCCCGACGCCCGAGCGCAGGGCUACCGGAUCAAAAUAUUUCCUAACUCAGUCCCCGACCUCCAGUACCUGCUGACGCCGGAGCUCUGGCACGGGUUCGAAACCACCUGUGCGGAGACGGUCAUGGGCGAAAGCACCCUCAACGCGCUCGAUGCCAGCUACAUUGCCAGCCGGACGCUGCGUGGUCCCGUGCCAUACACCGUAGACAGGGGCUUGCUGCGAAAGGUGCUCCUGAAGGGCUUGGAGGGAGACAUCUCCUGGGGGAAGACCUUCCAACGGUACGAAAUCCAGGGGGACUCAGUCACGGCGUAUUUUAGUGAUGGAAGCUCUGCCACCGGAUCGCUUCUCGUAGGAGCAGAUGGCAGCCGCUCGCUCGUGCGCAAGCAGUAUCUGCCCGAGUACAGAGUGCUGGACACGGAGGGCUGCUGUCUCUACGGAAAGACCCCGCUCACCCCCGAGCUGCAGGAGCGCAUUUCGCCAAAGCUGCUGAAGUGGCUGACGCUGUGCAGAGACACGGCGCCCAUAAUCCAGGAGAUUAUCUUCGACAAUGAGCUUCCCGUCACCAUGUUUGUCGAGAAGAUGCAUUUUCCGCACAAGAACGUCCGCCCUGAUCUACCGGAUGACUACGUCUAUUGGUCGAUGCUCGUCCCUUCGCGGCUCCUGGGUCCGACCGAGGAGAUGCUGGCCCAAACGCUGGAACAGCCGCCACACGAGCUCAGUCUCAUGCUCACCAGCGAGUGGGAUCCGUCCAUCAGAUGCCUCGCCGAGCUGCAGGAUCCCUCGCAAGCAGCGGCUCUUCGCAUCGUCACCACCGUCCCAGAUUUGCCAAGAUGGGAACCGACAGCCCGGGUCACUCUCCUGGGAGACAGCAUCCAUGUCAUGUCCCCUGCAGGCGGAGUCGGGGCGGCCACGGCGCUGCAGGAUGCGACCACGCUAACCAAGAUCUUAGCCAAGGACGGCUUGUCUGCGGCCAGCAUCGGUGAAUAUGAAAACCAGAUGAGGGAUUAUGAGCCUAGGCUUCUGUAUCGACUAUUGCCAGAUUCUGGCCACAAGCUUAACCUUACAAGACAAUAUACCUACCUACCUAAGCUGCGGGCCAAUCGGGUGAGCGAUCGAGACACGCUAAGGGGGCGAGUGUUCUUUUUUAGUGGCGGGCGGUCAGCGACAUCAUCUCCGAGCCUUGUUGCCGGGCCCAACGCCCGCGCGCUCUGCUGCUGUCUUCGUCCGCCUCCUCUCUGCGACCUGAAAGAUCUGCCCAACCGUCUGCGCCUCACCUCCUUUCCCUUGUCUGGCCCUGCCAAUGUCUGCACAUUGAUGGUUCCGACUCCGGCGUCGCGACUGACCGUCCAGGCCUGGACCUUGGCCGACAGUUACAGCUUUAUCGCUUCCUUUGCGCGUCAGCACGGCAAUGACGCUCUGGCUCGGAAUCGCAGCGGGCAGUCGAACCGACGAUACUUCCACGACUACUUCGUCACACACCUCCCCUCCUCGUCCUUACACCCUGAUUCCCGCGGGCCAACCGGUUCGUUCCAUAAACUCCCCCGUUCCGCCUCGACACCCCAUACGGGGACCACCCGUCAGUCCCCUGCCUCGAUUCAGACCCCCGCGGGCGUCUCCCGCGAGACCACGGUAGUGCGGAUUCCCCUUCGCAGCGCGAAACAUCACUUUGGAGCCUCCAUCUCUCGAGGAUCUCGCCAUUCCAAUGAGGAUACGUUCCAGGCCGGUGUGAUCGAGCUCCCUGCCUUUGCGAAGCGCGCCCCUUUGUCUUUGACGAUACGGCGAGGCACUGGUACGGAGACUCCCUCGGUGCCUUCUCCAUCAGAGGGUCGGGGAGCAGACAGCGCGAGCGGGGAUCCGCAAGUCUUUUACUUUGGCGUCUUCGACGGACACGGUGGAUCAGAGUGCAGCGACUUCCUGAGAGAUCAUCUCCAUGAGUACAUUCAGGAUGCUGCGACCAAGUUCGAACUACAGUCCAGUUUGAGAAGACCAUCAACUGCCGGGACUUCAAAGCAGGAGAAGAAUGGACACAUGGGCUUCCAUCAUGCAGGCUUGCCCAUCGUCCAGGCUGCGAACAGGCAGAAGAUAGGGGAACUGGAGAGGAAGCUCGUGCAGGAUUGGAAGAGUCUAGUCGGUGGAUACUUCAAGAGGUUCAAACCGGCUCAUUUUCAGUUCUUUGGGACCGAGGAACAGCCAGAAGGUCAUGGACCGAGUUCCUCCGUCGACGCCGGCCAGAAAGUUCCCAUCAGCGGUGUCACUAUGGAGGAGGUCCUCGAAUAUGCCUUUCUGCAGGCAGACUUCGAUUUUGUCUCUGCGCAGGCUGCCAAAAAUGAGGACGAUCCGGUGCAGGCGGAUCAACCGUUAAAUCGAAACGACAUUCUCGACAGUCCCAGUCAGUCACGCAGCAUGUUGAUCGGAGGACCCAAACGCUUUCACGGCGGGAGCACGUGCAGCCUCGCCAUGAUCUCGACACCGACACCCACCCCGUUCUGGCAUCCUUCCGCCCCGUCGUCGUUGCUAGUGUCUCAUGUUGGUGACACGAGAAUCCUUCUAUGCCAUACGGCAACGGGCGCUGCCAUUCCCCUGACGUCAAAUCACCAUCCCUCUUCGCCGACCGAGGCCAGUCGCCUGCGACGGUAUGCUGCAACCUUUGUCACUGACUCGUUCGGGGAGGAGCGCAUGAGUGGACUGGCCAACACGCGGGCCUUUGGAGACAUCCACUCCAAGCGAAUUGGCGUGUCCGCCGAGCCGGAGUUGCGGCGAGUCGAGAUGGGACCCGCCGAAUACUCGUUCCUCGUCUUGAUGUCCGACGGAGUCAGCGGCGUGCUCCCCGACCAGGAGAUUGCCGACAUCAUCAAGGAGGCUCGCACUCCCGACCAAGGCGCCCGAGAUGUCGUCAGCUUCGCGACGGAGGUCAGCAAGGACGCCGACAACGCGACCUGCCUUGUCGUGCGCCUUGGAGGAUGGGAACGACGACUCGAGGGAGGACUGGGCAUCAUGUCACACACAUCACCCUGUAAGGAAUUUGAGGCUCGUAUGGAAGGAUUCGUGUUGAUCUUGCUUGCAGCUGACACGCUGGCUGGCGAUGCCUGCGGCUUGGUUCCGUUGCUGCGGGCCGGCCGGGGGCCAACAAUCGCGCGUUCUUGGCUUGCCCUCUUUUACUCCGCUCCCGGCGUGCCGCCAUCCCCGUUCAACUAUGAGGUCGUGGCUGCAUCUCUGGCAGAGAAAGAGUUGACAGACAGUGAGGUCGACUCAAACGACAUUUCUGCACUUUGA